AUGAAUGCUGCGAAUUAUAAAUUGCGACGUUAUGGCGCAAGAGCAUUCAAUGCAAUUGAUGGCUUUGAGCAGGAAGAGACGAUUUCCCGUCGUGAUAUCGAUGAUGCUGAGCAACGAUUUUUUGACUCAACAGCAUAUCGGUGUUGUUUUUCGAUUUUUCAUGCGAAAAUUGGCACAUUUGUGGUUGUUACACUUGUCUUUCAUGAAAUUGUUAUCGGAAUUCUUUACCUUCUCUCGCGAGAUGAGUUCAAAUAUCACAAUUUCAACGCUGGUUUCUCGAUCGUUUUUUUAUGUCGUAUAUUGCAAUUGCCUUUUGCUGGAAUCAUGUAUUUGGCGCUUUGGCAACAAAAGCGAACACUUAUUAUACCAUUCGCCGUUUCGCAGCUCACGUUGGGUUGUUUCGCAGAUAUCUCAUCGUUGGUGAUGUUGAUUUACGACGAGUUUAGAGAACCGCAUUCAUCGUUGCCAUUCACUGGUUCAUUGCGCUCGUUGAAUCUUGUUCUGCCAUUGUUUAUUUAUACUGUUCUUGUGGUAUGUCUGAUGGGAGUACUUUACCAAUGUUCAGUGUAUUUCCGUGAUAGAUGCGCACAUGAACGACGUAGAAAGCAAUUAAAGCAACAGAACACUGAGUUGGAGCUUGCACUCGGACGGGUUGAUGAAGUUCAGGAACCUCUUGGAUAG